AUGGCGCCCACGGGCGGCCAGGAGCCGCCGCCGGACAGGCGCGCGGCGGCGGGCGGCCACGCCGCGUCGCCGGCGGCGAUGCAGGACGGAGAGCAGAGAUUCCAGCAGCAGGGCCGACCUGCCUACAACUCGGGCGAGCAUCAGGCCGCGGACUGGGACGGCGGCGGCGACUGGGGCUCGUGGAAGCAGCCCCCCGCGCAGGGCAGGGAGCAGGAAAACUGGUGGGACAAGAAGGGCGACCAGAAGCCGAUGUGGACCCAGGAGGAGUGGGACGAGUGGUUGAAGGCAAAUCCCGCCAAGGCCGACAAGUGGAAGGGCUGGGGGGACGACUGGGACAACAAGGCCAAGGCGUCCAGCGACGGGGACCACAGGGCCAAGGGCAGGGACGACUGGGACGGCAAGGCCAAAGACUGGGGGCAGGCCAACGACGGGGAGAAGGGCCAGGAGCAGCCCCCUGCCCCGGCGAAGGGAGCCGGGCCAGGGGCGAAAGGAGCCGGGCCUGCGCCCAGCGAAAGUCGCCCGAAGGACCCGCGGGCCGCCGCCCCCGAGCAGAGAGACGGUCCGCCGGCCGCCUCCGCGCAGGGGGGCUUCGACCCGUGGUCCAAGGCGCUGGACCGCCACAAGGACCAGCCCGCUGUCCCCGCCGCGAAGUCGCAGCCAGGGCCUUGGAAUGACAACGAGGACCCGUGGUCGAAGGCGGUGGACCCGUGGUCCAAGGCCGUUGGCGCGUCGAAUGCCAGCAAACCGCUGACGCUGAGCAAGCCGAAGGAGCCUCCCAAGGAGACCCCGCAGCCCAGCUGGGGAUCCAUGACGAGGACGGUGGGCCCAAGCUACCAGCGCCUGGACCUGCUCUCGGCGAGGCCCUCCGGGGCCCUCGGCGGCGAGGAGGACUGCGCCGCGUGGAGCGGCAUCGGGCAGCUCAAGGGCAUCCGCGCAAUGCGCGUGCCGUCCCUGGAGUUCGGGGCGGGCGGCCCGCGCCGACGAGAGAGGCGGGAGAGGGGCCGCGACGACGGGGACGGCUUGCCGGCCAGGGGCUCCAGCCCGGGCCCCGCGCCGGCGCGGGACGAGGCGGCGCAGCCGAG